GGGCGCAGCUUCAGUUGUGUUUGGCAUCUCUCUGAGAAAUGUUCGCCGCUCUGAGUCUCUGGUUGGUUCUGCACUUGAUUGGCCUGCUCCAAGGUCGCACCGUUGUGGGCGAAAGUCAGGAGUGGCUGACACCUCAACCAGAUCCCACAAUCUUUGAGUAUUCCCCGACCGAAAAGCAAGAGAUGUUUUCAGCUGAUGUUUGGAUAAAUCAUUUUUAAUGUUAAUCUAGAAUUAUAUAAAUAAGUUUCAAUGGUU